AUGGCUUCUCAAGUGUGUUGUCGAAAAGAUAAGAGAAAGAGCAAGGUAAUCUGCUUGGACAUACCUGGCGAGGAAAUGCUGACCUGGCUACCACCUUCACCUCCACCCUCUGAUAGUGGUGAUGAUAUUUACUAUGAUUCAACCGGUGAAUACUGGUUUGAGCAGUUGCCGAUGGCUGAGUGUCGUUUACCAACUACAAUUCACGAGCUUCACCGCCCUCGACCGCUUACACCAACUUCAACACUUGUUUCGGAACAAUUCGUACCAGAAAUUAUAGUUCCUCCAUCGACAUUAUAUCAAAUGGCACCAGGUGCAAUGCCACCAAGUAUUUCAAUGCCAUCAAUUGUUGCACUGCCUCCAUCACCCACUGGCAUGUGUACUGUAGCUAGUGGUAUUAUCCGUGAUAUCGUAUCAUCUCCCACUGCGUCGGUUUCAUCAGUUUCACAUGAACGUGGUAUCAAUUUAAUACCUCAAACAGGUGUAUCUUCUGGUGCUGCUUACCUUGAUACAUCAAAUCUAUUAAGACCUGCUACACCUUCACGUUUGCCUGGUUCUGUUGAUGACGCAAUUGAUAGCGUACGAAAGUCAGCACAAAAAGCAUUAUCCGUCCAGGGGAUACAAAGAUCUCAAGCUGGAAGCGGUCGUCCUAGCCUGCUUGAUAGUCGCUGUGGAAAAACCGAAUUGCGGCGUCCAUUCACACCACCUCCACGAUAUCGCGAAGCAAUCGAUUACGAUGGAUCGGAAUGGAGUAUUACGGAAGACUAUGAGGCGCUUAUGAUUCUAACUGAAUUGCAAAAAUUACCAAAUCAUUUGCAUUCAUCGAAGAUUGGACAGUAUGCAAAUUGGGACAUGGUGUCGAUUUUGUUGGCUCCAUUAUCGGAAAUCUAUCGUUCACCGCGACAGUGUUCACUGCAUUAUCAAAUGGUAGUGCAGCCACGUGAAGAAGGGCGUAUGGUCACGCUGGAUCCGAUAACAAAGAAAACGAGGAGAGUUCCGCUAUCAACCGGAGAAAUGAUUCAUAUGAAGCGCGGACGUACAAAAACUGAUCAGCAGUAUUUUGCGGACAUCCUUAAACUUCUAUCAAGUCAAUAUGAUAAAAAAGUUAAAGCAAUGAAAGCAGCAUCACUGAAGCAAACUGUUUUAUUCCGUCCAAAAACGACCGGCGAUAAUGUUGAAAAAUGGUGUCCACUACAAUCUCAAGAAUUGAAAUUUGCUGAACUGGGGAUACGUUACGAUGCUACAACAACCUGUUCCGCAGUAGUUGAUUAUCGCAAUGAGCGACGUGAGAAAUUACGUGAGCAGGAUCGAGAGCGUUCGCGCCUGAAGGAAGAAGAGGAGCAAAAGAGGGAAGCAAUGGUCAUGGAACAGCAACGUAGUCAUGAACAGAAAUUAAUUCGUAAGGAAUCGGCGGUCACUGCAAUCCCUGGUAUUAUACAUUAUCAGAAAGUAAGUUAUGGGGCUGUAAUGGAACAUGCACAGCAACAGCUUUCUGCUGCUUCAACAACAGCAAUGAGUGCCCCGGCUGUUUCGACUGUGAGAACAUAUACUUCUGGUGGUUGUGUUCAAAGUCAGCUUAUGAGCAAUGUAUCUGGACAAAGCGUGGCAUAUGCAAGUGAUGCCCCUCAAGUAAUAGUUAGCCAGCGAACAUAUGUUGACCACCCACAAGUG